AUGCUGAAGGUUGAAGCAGAAAAAGAAACUAACAGACCUACCGUAACUGCUGACUACAAUGUUACCAGAGGGCCAGAAUUCAAGCUACUAAUAACGAAUGAUUUCAUUGAAAAGCCAAUCAGCGAUCAGGGUGGCGCGGUCAGAGGCGGCGGCGAGCGUGAGCUGACCAACUCCCGGGGGACAUUCGCCGCCGCCGCCGCCACCGCCGCCGCAGUUCCGUCAUCGGGAAGCGUGGCGCGCCUAAUAACCGGCGGCGCCCGAGCAGAGGGCAGCAGCAUCGCGCGCCGCGGCGCCUUGCCCCCCCCCCCCCCAUCCCCGGCCCCAGAUGCGCGCGCACGCAGCCCGGGCCGCCGGCCAGUGCCAGGCCGACCUCCGCGCCGUCACCUUCCGCCCCCGGCGACCGCGACGCCGCCGCCCGCUGGCGAGACCCGCCGCCCCCGACCGCGACGCCCGCAGCCGCCUCCGACUGCCCCAGACGCCAAUGCCUGGAGGGUCGCCACCGCCUCCGGCGACGACGCGCUCUCUGCCCGCCAGUACGGCGGCGUGAUCCACCACGACUGGAUAUGUCAACAGCAGCCUCUGGAGGCAUCCCUCGACCGCGUGGGUCAGUGCGCGUCGCACCCGGCGCGCUUCGCCGCUGACGACCCAUCCGCGACCAGCGGCACUUUGCCCAGCGCUCGGCGGCCGCCGCAGCGGACCAGGAGCUCGGCGAGAGGCGGCUGA